AUGGAUAAUAAGGACGAAUUGGUUCAGAGGGCAAAGCUGGCCGAACAGGCGGAACGGUAUGACGAUAUGGCCGCCGCCAUGAAACAGGUGACGGAGACGGGCGUCGAGCUGUCCAACGAGGAGCGCAACCUGUUGUCCGUGGCCUACAAGAACGUUGUGGGCGCCCGACGCUCCUCCUGGCGGGUCAUCUCAUCCAUCGAACAGAAGACCGAGGGCUCCGAACGCAAGCAACAGAUGGCCAGAGAGUACAGAGAGAAAGUCGAGAAGGAGUUGCGGGAGAUCUGCUACGAUGUGCUCGUAUGUUGCCUACCAAACACCCGUUCCCCUCUCAGAAGACCGAGGGCUCCGAACGCAAGCAACAGAUGGCCAGAGAGUACAGAGAGAAAGUCGAGAAGGAGUUGCGGGAGAUCUGCUACGAUGUGCUCGUAUGUUGCCUACCAAACACCCGUUCCCCUCUCGCCAUACAUGCCGUCCUCUUUCUAUCAUAUCUCUGUAUUUGCUUUGCCUAUCGAUUAUCUAUAUGACUCACAUUUGGCUGUAUGUCUAAUACCUGUNGGACUUCUCGACAAGUUUUUGAUCCCAAAGGCCAGUAAUGCCGAAAGUAAAGUGUUUUACCUUAAAAUGAAAGGCGAUUAUUACCGAUAUCUGGCCGAAGUGGCCACUGGUGACCAAAGGAACAGUGUUGUGGAUGAGUCGCAAAAGGCCUAUCAGGAGGCGUUCGACAUAAGCAAAAGCAAGAUGCAGCCGACGCACCCGAUCCGGUUGGGUCUGGCGCUCAACUUCUCUGUCUUUUACUAUGAG